AUGACGGAGUACAACACAUGGUUUACUAGGCACGAGCUAGUGCCUUUGACCGAUCCUGUUGUUCCUAUUACAGCACAACAGAUUCACCAUCCUAGACAGUGGUUGAGGAUAGACGCAGGGGAGAGAGCUGGAGGAGAUGGUGGAGCUGGGGGAGGAGGUGGUGGAGAUGGGGGAGAGUCAUCAAGCAGCAAUGGUGGGGAUGAUGAUGAGGAUAUGCCAGAGUUAGAGGAUGUGUCUGCCACAGAGGGUGGGAUAGGAGAGGCUGGUGAUGGGGAUGAGCUGCAGACUCUUAGGGCGCAGGUCCAGAGCUUGGAGGAUGAGGUCGCUAGACGAGAUGUCGAGCAAGAGACCUACCGUGCAGAUUAUGGUGCCCUUGAGGCUGAGCGACCACAACAACAGUCCCAACAGCUGGGUUUAAUGCCACCAGCUCCUAAUGCCACUCCAUCCAAACCAACCCAACUGCCAACUCAGCUUGUGCCAAAUCCAAAUAACAAACCACAACAGCAACAACAAGUUUUUUCGACUGACCCUAAUAACUAUCCUGCAUACUCUCUCAAUAUAAGUGAUAUUCAUUUGCGGUCAAGGACAACACUUCCUACUCCAUAUCCUCUAGUCAUAACAGAGUUACCAUCAGAGGAGACUGCUCGGGAAACCAUACCUGAUAAAUUUGGAAACCCUGAGCAGCUUCAACAGUCUGAAACUUUAGAUACACCUAUAAGAACUCCCCCAUUUCCUCAAAGAUUGUAG